UGAAAAGCUGGAUAGCGCAGCCAGAAUGUGCUAGUGCAGGCUCAGUGGGGAGGGGGUCAGAGAGGGGAUUGGGAAGUAAAAGCUGGUGUGUGUUUGUCGUCGUUCAGAGAGCUCUCCCUGGCACUGCAGACGUCCCCUGCUACACUGUAAGAGACGACUGACUGUGUCGACAAUCUGCCAUCAAGUAUGGAGAUAAGGCAAGACUGUAGCUCCCUACGCAUAGACCUGCUGCUCAUUGUUCAUUCUCAGGAGAAACAGACGGAAAGGCAAAACGGUGACGAGGACACCAGUCACAGGACACAAGAAAAAACAACUCUAAAACAGUCCUACUCCAGUAGACACAUCAUCAGCAGCUACGAGAGUGAAGGAAGCAACUGGGAGCCUUCUCCACAACCAACUGCCAAAGACUUUUAUGCUUAUCCAUGGGAUAGAUCCAACUUGAAGUCAUUGCCAGUGAACCUGAAGAACUUUGAGAGACUGGAUACCUAUGCUGUGCAGGUGGGUAAGCGGAAUACAGUUGAGGAGCUAGUCAAUGUGCUGAUGAAAAUAGCACGCACAGACCUGGAGAAGGUUCGGGUUAUCUGGAUGUGGAUGUGUCACAACAUAGAGUAUGACUUAGAAGGUCUGGAUGACAAAUCAAAAAGGUCUGGUGAUCCCAGCCAAACGUUACUCACUGGGAAAGGAGCAUGUGAAGGGUAUGCGGGUCUCUUUCAGAAGAUGUGCAGUCUUGUAGGUAUAAACUGCUUAAAAAUUGGUGGAUAUUCUAAAGGUCACAGCUACACACCUGGGCAAACAUUCUCAGGAGAGACAAACCAUGCUUGGAACGCUGUCUGUUUAAACAGAAAAUGGCACUUAGUAGAUACCACGUGGGGAGCAGGAUUUGCAGACAGCAGGAGCAAUACAUUUAACUUUCGGUACAAUGAGUUUUAUUUCCUGACUCAUCCUGCACUGUUUAUAGAGGAGCAUUUUCCUGAUAACCAAAACUGGCAGCUUCUGAAGGUACCCUUGUCUUUGAAACAAUUUGAAGGAAGCUUGCAUCGUAAAAGUGGCUUCUAUAAUGCUGGACUCAUAGCUCUAUAUCCUGAAACACUUCAGGUGGAGACAGUUAAUGGAAAGGCCACAUUUUCUAUUGAGGGUGGUUGUCCUGCCCUAUUUUCUUUCACCCUCAAUAACACAGAGAAGCCAGGGCUGAUGACUCUGACAAAGAAUGGGAUGCAACUGGACAUCUAUCCUCAGGAAACUGGACGUCACAGGCUUGAGCUGUACACAAAAUCGUACAAUAGUACAAAAGAAAGCUAUGAGAGUGUUGUAGAAUACAUUAUCCACUGUGGAUCUGUUGAUCCAAUAUUCAGAAUUCCCAAAGAGCUUGAUGUUCUAGUUGGGCCUAGCUGGCUGACUGAAAAGAAGGGAUUCUUACAGCCCUUGUGUCGGGACUCAAUAAUCAACACUCAAGAUGGACGCUGUACAGUUGGCUUCACUUUGACAAAGCGGAACACAGUCUUAGCAACAUUACAUUCUGAGCAUAUUACACCAGGAGAUGAAAGAAGACACGUGUUGCAAACUUUACGUGGAAACCGAGUUGAGUUCAAGAUCCAUCUUCCUCAACAAGGUUAUUAUGCCUUAAAAAUACAUAGUUCUACAGGACCAGGAAAAUAUGAAUGUUUCUGCAAUUACCUGGUUGUCUGUAGAAACCCAGAGGUAGUAUGGCCAUCCUUCCCAAAAACACUGGAAAAUCCUGUUGGGCCAAGUUCAUUAAUGGAGAAGAAGGGACUUUUACAGCCAUCGCAUCGUGAACCGAUUAUUUACACCUCAAAUGGCUUUUGUUCCUUGUCCUUUAUGUUGAAGGAAGAUGUAACAAUUAUCACAGCCCUUCUGUGUGAUGAGGCUUCUUUGAAUGACCAUGGAGAGAAAAGAUUUGUCACACAAGCUCAAAGGGGCAACCACAUUGAGCUCCAGAUAAGGCUCCCACAGGCAGGGUCCUAUGUUCUACAGAUUUUUGCCAACAUCAAAACAUCUCCCACCAGUUUUGAAUAUGUGUGUAAUUACCUGAUUUGUUGUUCUAGUAUAAGCACUACACAUUUAGAGGCACCUGCUACUCAACAGAUUCCUGUGGGUUCUGGCAAUAUGGUGGAUAAGAAAGGUUUCCUUAAACCCUCACAACUAGGACAGGUUAUUGAUAGUCCAGAUGGGUGUUGCACAUUAAACUUCUCCCUAGACAGAGAGAUGAAUUGCUUGGCCACAUUACACAGUGACGAUAAAAAAUGGAACACACAAAUGGAAAGAAGAUAUAUCAUACAUAUCCAGAAACAGCGUCAAGUGGAGUUUUUCAUCCAACUUCCUAGACCUGGAUCUUAUGACCUUAGGAUUUAUGCAGAUAGCAGAUUACAGCCUGGAAAUUAUGAGUUUGUAUGUAGUUACCGUAUCGUAUGCACAAACCCAGAAGUAUCGUGGCCUGCCUUCCCAAACAAACUUCAGAAUCCUGUUGGGCCUACAGCUUUGUCAGAAAAAAAUGGCCUCCUGAACCCAUCCAACAAUGAUCCCAUCAUCAACUCUGUUGAUGGACAGUGUUCUGUUUCUUUCACACUCAGGAGAGAAAUGGGUAUUUUUGCCAGACUUCAGUCAGAUGAUGUGCUUUUAACAGAAGAAGCAGAGAGGCGGCAUGUUCUUCAAGUCCAGAAACAGAAUAGAGUAGAGUUUCAGGUACAGCUUCCACAAGCUGGGACAUACAUUCUGAAAAUAUACACAGAAUCAGAACAAGGUAGCUUCAGAUUUGCAUGCAACUAUCUGAUUUCCUGUGUAAAUACACAAGUCAAGUGGCCUUUGCUGCCAAUGGAUCUAUGCAACCCUGUUGGGCCCAAUUCUCUAUCUGAGAAAAAAGGCUUGACACGACCAUCCCAUCUGGAGCCAGUCAUUUGUACAGAUGAUGGCCGGUGUUGUGUCAGUUUUGCCCUGGAUCAAACAAUUGAUAUUGUGGCUACACUCCAUUCUGAUGAUAUCAUAUCAGACGAAGCCAGGAGAAGGCACAUAUUUCAAGUCGAGAAGGAUGGACGUGUAUUGUUCCAUAUCCAGCUUCCCAACGUAGGCACCUAUGUACUGAAAGUAUGCAGCAAGAAAAAGUCUGACUUGAGCAACAUUUAUGACUAUGUCUGCAAUUACCUCUUAAGCUGCUCAAAUCCAAAAAUUAGAUGGCCUUUCUUCCCAUUGAGAUAUAGCUCUUGGGACCCCAGUUAUGAACUACUGGAACCAUUGACCGGAAUUCUGCCAGCCAACAGUGAUGUCCGAUUCAGAAUCAAGGCCCGAGGCCUGGCAGCUGUGUCUGUGAAAGGCAAGAACUUAUACCCCCUUACCUUAGCUUUAGAUGGAUGCUGGGAGGGAAUCUGCACAACAGCAGGUUGUAAGGACAUUCAAGUGUUGGUAACAAAUAAUUUAAACAAGGGCUAUGCAUUGGUCCUGAGCUAUCAAGUAAAAGUUGGUGUACAUCAGUGACAAAUGAGAAGUUCACAUUCCUCUUAAUUUUCAAGUCAGUCACUCACAUGCAGCAGCAGGUCCGAACAAAUACAAAUCAUCUUGGCAAGCACAGGUCCACUAUCAGAGCUUUGAAAACAGGUAUUGGAUACAGGUAGAUUGGCAUGUACUCUGAUGUUCUCCUUAUCAAUGGCUUCAACUCACAAUGAUCUGUAUGCCAUUGAACGUAAAAUACGUAUCUUUAUAUUACAAAACAAACUAUUUUCUACUUUGUAGAAUAUCAUAAUGGAACUUUUCAGACUCAGAGACUGUAAUGGAGAAUUCUCCAGGUGCUUGUAAUUAGGAAAUCGGUACUUGAUUGAAGUAUCUUGUUUCUAUGUAGACAAUUGUAUUACUAGGGCUUUAAAACUGUACAGAGCGCAUGACGUGAGGCAUUUCUGUUACUAAUGAACCUUACUAGCAGAAAAAUCUAUAUGUAUGUAUCAUAUUCUCUGUCACUACAAUACAUGAAUGUAGAUGUUUAAAAGACAAACUGUAAAUGGAUAUAUGUUUCACUGUUGUACAUAUUGGCGAGCCAGUUCUUUGUGAGGUCAAAUUUAUUGUUUAUAAAACACACCACCAAGUAUAGUAUGCCAGUAUAUACUACCAACGGCUUGUGAAACAAACUUAAUCUAUGGCUUUCCAUAUGGAGAUCUAAAACACACACACACAUAUUUGUUUUUUUUUAUUAAUAAUUUUUUUUUAAUAAUCCAGCUGUAUAUUGAAUUACUGAUCGCUCUGAAGGUUUGAGUAACAACUGUAAUACAGCAUUUAGGCAUAAUAAAAUCUAGACUAUAAUAAUAAUAAUAAUAAUAAUAAUAAUAAUAAUA